CUGCUCACGUGCGGCAGCAACCAGCAAAGCGGCCUAUGUACUCUGAACUCCCGUAAUAAUUGUUAUUUAUCAUCUCCUUCAUGAAUUCCUUCAAGAACUACGAGACCAUUCAAGUACGGCGGAGCUAAGGGCGCGCGACUGAUAUCUGGGAUGAUGAAUAUUAUCAUGGCUUCACCCCAUUCAUGCGCCAGUCCCUGUGGUUGAGGGCAGUUUGUACCCAAGACGAGUAGCCAUAUUUACGGGGAAUCCAAAGCUGAACGCGGUCAAAGAGGCCCAGCUCUCUAUUGAAUUGGUGACUGUUGAAGUGUGAGAGUGUCCUCAUACAAACGACAUCUAUUGAAGGUCUAUCAUAGACUACCGUCCAUUGAUUUCAUGGGAACAUGCGGAACAAAUUUGUCACCAUUGGGGCCGAAACAUACAAUAGAGCUGCCGUGGACAGAAGGAAUGAGUCCAUCGUUGUCUUCUACGUCAGACCUUUUCUAUUCACAGUUCACCACGGAAGUAGUUCAAGGGAAGAGAUCUCGAUUCGAUGUGGGUACUGUUGCCAUCAUUUUACUGGCUGAUACAGAGACAACGGAUGACCAACUAUUUGCAGCAACAACUGCACUGCAAACACUCGACGCGAAACAACGAGGCGCUAAGUAUGGACCACGCGGGUCAUAUGACCAACAGGAAGCAGAACAAUCCUGCGAUCACCUCCUUCACAUAUCUUCAGCGAGGAUUUUGAAGACUUGGUUCCGCAAACUGAUGUGUUUCGUGGUCAUUCUCGAUCGAGAACAGGUCUCUAAAUGUGGCAUGACAUUAAUCCUUGGCAUGUCUGUAACCGAAGGUCUUGACUGUCUUCAGCGUUCUACAUAUUGCUCGAUCAACAACGUCGCCAAUAUGAAUGCGGAAACACUCACUGGUGUGUCGCUACGGCCUGUUCUCAGGGUGGAGGAGACUCAUCUCAAGCCCGCACACGCCACCAUCGCAGGUGGGCUGCAGUUUCGUCCCCUUGCUGUGACAGACAAUAUGGACGCUGUCAACGCAACAAUAAAGGUGAUAUGGUGUUCGGAUGAUUUCGUUGAGGUUUUGCAAAAUGUAUAUGCUUGGCGAAUGAUAUUAGAACCUAUCCCUUCCGGUCAUUCGUGGAUCCUGCAUCGGUUGUGA